CCCUCCUGGGGGCAGGGCAGGAGGGACCUUCCCCGCCGGGAUAUUCAGCGCGGCGGUGGCAGCCCCGUCCCCUCUGAGGGAGCAGCUCUUGGCGGGAAGCCGGUUUCCCGGUGGCAGGUCCGCGGGCUUGCACAGAGAUCCUUGGUUAUUUUACCUAGGUUAAGUGAUGGGAACAUACACUAAAGAAAAAAAAUCACCCUUGAGUCUUUGGCAUUCAUAUUUGUGUGACAGAAUCUAAGAUGUCCCAAGAAAACACAUCAGCCAAUUGCUUAAAUAUAGCAACAACAUCUAUUGAAGACGAUGCUUUCCAAAAAAAAGGCCACAGUGCAAGAAUCCUUAGCCCAGAAGAAGCUGAGAGACUGGCAAAAGAUCGGGUUUUGGUGUCUGAGUUCAAACAACUAAAACUGGAGAAAGAGGCGCAGAAGAACUGGGAUCUAUUCUACAAAAGAAACAGCACCAACUUCUUCAAAGACAGACAUUGGACAACCAGAGAGUUUCAAGAGUUAAAAGCGUGUCGGGAGUUUGCAGAUCAGAAACUGACCAUUCUGGAAGCAGGUUGUGGGGUUGGGAACUGCUUGUUUCCACUCUUAGAAGAAGAUCUGAAUAUUUUUGCAUACGCCUGUGAUUUCUCUCCUAGAGCUGUUGAGUAUGUGAAGAAAAACGCCUUAUACAGUACGGAAAGAUGUAAAGUGUUCCAGUGUGAUCUUACCAAAGAUGAUCUUCUAGAAAACAUACCAGCAGAUUCUGUGGAUGUUGUCACACUUAUAUUUGUGCUUUCUGCCAUUCAUCCUGACAAAAUGCAUCUUGUCUUAAAGAACAUUUACAAGGUAUUAAAACCAGGCAAGUGUGUCUUGUUCAGAGACUAUGGACUGUAUGAUCAUGCAAUGCUCAGGUUUAAAUCUGGCAGCAAACUUGGAGAAAACUUUUAUGUUAGACAAGAUGGGACAAGAUCAUAUUUUUUUACUGAAGAGUUCUUGUCUCAGCUUUUCAAGGCUGAGGGAUAUGAGCAAGUGGUCAAUGAAUAUGUGCAGCGAGAAACUGUGAAUAGGAAAGAAGACUUGUGUGUUCCAAGAGUUUUUCUUCAAGGCAAAUUUCAAAAGCCUUUCAGUAAGACAUAAGUGCUACCUCUGGUGAGCUACAUAAGCUUGGAAAGGCUGAAGGGUUGGGGGGAAGUAUAUCCACUUUACUCAGCACUACAACAACCACAUGUGCCCCGUCAGUUAUUGUGUCUUGUAUGAUGAGGCAAGGAUUUCUUAAAGCUGACUCAGCUUCCUCAAACUUUACCACAGUUAGAAAAACUUGCAAUGAUUUAGAGUUCACAGAAGCAGAGGCAUAGAGACCAAAUAAAGUUUUCUGACCAUUCAUCUCAAAAUAACAUCUGCUUUAUGACAACUAUAGCUGAAGGCCUUUCUGGCAGGGGUGCUAAUGCAUGCUACUUUAUUUUUCAGGUCUGACUGGAAAUGCGACUACAUGAGAAAUAAAAAAAUUAGAAAUAA